ACUUCCCGGCAGACCACCACAGCGAGCAUGUCGACGGAUCUACCGACCACGCAACAGGGCUCAUAUGCACCGCGGACUAGGCCUCCCUCAUCUUCUGGUGCCGAUGCCCUCACCCCACAACGCACGGAUGUUUCUUUUCUCUCGCCAUCUGCCCGGACAUCCUUCACGCGAGUUGAUACCACUGCGGACGAUGAUGAAGAUGGUUCUGGUGAACGGGACGAGUUGCGCGUCGAGCAGUCUGCGGAGGAACGUGUCCUCCUGGAUCCUGAAGUGCCUCAAACCCCGCAGGUCUCGUUGGCCUUUCUUCUUGUCUCGGGCAAGCGGCGGACGAUGUCUUUUGAUCCCGACAUUACUGUCGGACGGGCGAAGGAGUUGGUUUGGAAUGCAUGGCCUAACGAAUGGCAGGACGAACGACCUCCGGCGCCAUCGUAUUUGCGGAUACUGUAUCUAGGCAAGAUACUCCAGGAUGACGAUACCCUAACCAAGGUCGGGUUCCCGACGCAUAUACAUGGCACUGCACCCACGCAGACGAACGAGGUAGCACCACCUGUGCCAACGGUGGUGCACCUCUCUAUUCGCCCCUGCCCACCGCCUGGGGCGAAGGAUACGCCGAAGAAGAAGAGCAUACGCCGCAGUGGGAGCAUGGCGGAAGAGAGUGCGGAAGUGGGCAGCCAAGGAUGCUGCUCGGGCUGUGUCAUCUGCUAGAUUGUGGAUUUACGCCGGACGGACGGACAUGUUUGAUGUUUGUACAUUAUGUUGAUGUGCUCGUGUUAAAGGAUAGGACGUUCAGGGGAUACCCAUGCGAUUGCGAGACUUCGAUGCUCGCAGCGCACUCGCUAUGCGUUAUUGGUACAUUACUGCUGUCAUCUAGUUGGUUUCGCUUUGGAAGUGCUCGCUGUUUUACGCUUGAUGCACUCGUUUGGGGG